UAUUUAUCUGUUUUUAAAGUCUUUCAUUACCAUUGAUACAGAUGAAGCUAAGUAAAUAAUUUUUUUUUUCCUUGAAUUACCUGUGAUGGUUGUGAUGUUAUAUCUGACAGAAACCUCUGUGAGAACUCAUUGGAAGGACCCAUUCCACCUUUCUUUGGUGAGAUGAAGUCUUUAAAAAGCAUAUAUCUGUGCAGAAACUUCUUCAAUCAAACAAUUCCUCCAGAAUUGGGUUCUCUCCCAUCUUUGGAAUAUUUAGACUUGGGCGAUAAUUUCUUAUCAGGGAAAAUUCCAGAGGAGCUGGGAAAUAUUACGAGCCUCAUUAGAUUGUACCUGUUUGAUAAUAACCUCUCGGGUGUACUCCCGGAUCAGCUUGCAAAUCUUGUGAAUCUUGAGUACCUGUACUUGCAGACCAAUGAAUUUAUUGGUGCCUUGCCGCAAAGCUUCAAGAAUUUGAAGAAACUGACGUACUUCAAUGUGCAGGGGAACAACCUCAAUCAAAGAAUCCCGGAUAUUUUCGAACAGUGGCAAGAUCUGCGUAUCUUGAAUCUGAUGGGGAAUAGCUUUUCUGGACCUUUGCUAGGCCAAAUCCCAAAGCUGAAGAAUCUAAUGGAACUGCAAAUCAGUGACUUAGUUGGAGAAAUUUCGUCAUUUCCAAAAUUAUCCGGAAUGGAAUCUUUGAGAGUUUUAACAUUGAGGAAUUGCUCAAUAGCUGACCGCAUCCCUGUUGAGAUAUGGAAUCUAUCUAGCCUACUGUAUCUGGACUUGAGUUUCAAUAGUUUGUUUGGUGCAAUUCCGGAAGCUGUUAACUCCACGUUGAAUUAUAUAUUUCUAAGAAGAAAUAAGCUCAAUGAGACAAUUCCAUCUUGGAUGAAUGAAAUUUCAUACGUGGAUGUUUCUGAAAACAGUUUCAAAAAUGUGAACAUAAGCUCCAAAGAGCAUCUAAACCCUAACUUAUGACCGUUUGUUUAUAAACUGCGGUGGUGAGUCUGUACCAGUUAAUGGAAGUGACUAUGAAGCUGAUGUACAUCGACUUGGUCAAUCAACUUUCUUUAGGAGUAAUAGUUC